GUCAAACACUAUUCAUACUCAUUUCACUCACUCUCCCACAGUUCAGCGCUACAAAGCCACACGUCUAUAAUACCUAGGAAAAUUGUAUUUUAUUUUUGUUACCUAGUAAAAGUUUAGGUUUCAUUUCCCGAAAUGAAGAGAAGGGUUAUUAACGUUUUCAACAACAACCACACUACUGACAAUCUCUCACGCACGGAGCUGUUGGAAUGGGUCAACUUGCGCCUGGGAUCGGAAUUCUGCUUGGUCGAUGAGCUCUGCACGGGUGCCGCCUACUGCCAGUUGAUGGACGAACUGUUUCCCAAUUCAGUGGCCCUGCAACGCGUCAAGUUUACGACCAAUCUCGAGCACGAAUUCAUCCAGAACUUUAAGAUUUUACAAGCAAGCUUUGACAAGAUAGGGGUGAAUCAGGUCAUACCCAUAGAAAAGCUGAGCAAAGGCCGCUUUCAGGACAAUUUUCAGUUUGUGCAGUGGUUCAAGAAAUUCUAUGAUGCCAAUAGCGGUUGGAUCACCUGGGACUACGAUGCCAGGGCGGUGCGUGGGGGAGCCCCAAUGGGCUUUGGUCCUGGUUCCGUGUCAAAGAACUUGGCCAGGCCCAAGUUGCCGGCAAAAUCUAGGACGGAAAGCUCUACAGCAUUGCAGAAUUCGAAAAGCUUUAAGGUCGUCAAAAAGAUUCAAGAAAAGUCUAGGGAGCCUGCAGAGACUACCAACUCUACGGAACCCGCAAGUUCUAUUCCCAAAAAAAUGUCAAAUCAACCUGACAAUGGGCUCUGCACCCCGGGCUGUCAGAAGAAGAUUCAAGACCUUACAGAAGAGUUACAAAAACUCACCGACAAACUCAAAGGGAUGGACCAACGCCUUCGCAGCUCCGAUGCAGAACGUGAUUUUUACUAUUCAAAGUGUCGCGAUAUAGAGAGUCUUUGCCAAUCACUUGAUGCCAAUGGAGGGAUUUUGUCGUCUAACCAAAUUUAUGAUAUAAUGUAUGCCACUGAGACGCCGGAAGAAUAAGAGAAUAACAAUUGGCAUGAAAAUUUGCAAGUUUAUAUAGCUUUCUAUCGAGUAGAUCUUUCGAUUCUAAAUUAUCUUUGUGACUCUGCUUAAUAACUUGUUAAUUAAUUACGUUUACUAUUAAAAAUUUGUUUCACUUUUCAAAGAAAUACAGGUUGAAAUAAACCAGAAUAAUACUAUUCCUUUAAACUAA